AUGGAAUCGUUAGAUUUACGUUCACUGAGUUACGUUGAGGCCAUCAAUUCGAAUCUUAUUUGUUGCAUUUGUCAGGCUCCCUUCGUCGAUCCAGUGGUUAUAGAAUCAUGCGGUUCAUGUAUAAAUCAAGCAAUAACAUCAAGGCCGACUUGCCCAGUUGAUCGUUCUAGACUUUCUGAUGUCUGUGAUCUUAAACCUGCUUCCAAGAUAGUAUCUAAUAUGGUUAACGAAUUGUUAGUUUACUGCUCAAAUAAGGAUGUUGGCUGUAAUUAUCAAGGCCAACGUCAACUAUUAAGUUGUCACCUGAAAGAAGGAUGCAUGUUCACCAUUGUAGAGUGUUGUAACGAGGAAUGUCAAGAAUCAGUUCUUAAAAAAGAUUUAUCAAAACACAUGGAGAAAUGUAGAGCCGAAGUUAUCAACCGUGAAAGGUGUAAAUGUAAAGUUCAGUUAAGUACUUUAGAGGGGCAUUGUGACUCUUGUCCACUCAAGUAUAUCGAGUGCCCUCACUGCCAUACAACACUUGUUCAGUCAGCUAAUGAUAUGCACCUUGAAGAGUGUUCAGAAAGGCCUUCCACGUGUAUUCAUGCUGAAUAUGGUUGCUCCUGGACUGGUCUUCAACGCGAUUUAUUGAAAGUUCAUAUCCCAUCUUGUUCAUAUGAACCAUUGAAAGAUUUUUUCGCCAUCUACAAACAACGUAAUGAAAUUCUUGAACAAGACAACAAACAACUUCGAACAACAGUUCAAGAGCUUAGUAAAAUGGUUAAGUCUUUACAAAACCAGUUAUCUAGCAUAUCUGAUUGGUUGGCUUCUAUAUUUCCAUCCCACUUUCUAAAUCCCGAGAAUACUGUAAUGGCUUCUGAAGGACCACCAUCUCUUUUAACAACGCAUGAAUUACUACUAUCGGAAAACGAACGUUUUAAAAACGAUAUCGAAACUUUAAAUGUCAAUUUAACUGAACUAGAGCUAAGACAGAAUGUUGCUCUGAUGACAGAAAGCUUGAGAACACAAGAGGAAAUACAGAAUCUUAAGAAUAUAUGUCAUAGUUUAAGGAUGCAAAUGCAUUAUUUAUUGAUAGAAAGGCGAGGUGAUGAACCGUCUGUUCGGAAUGUUGUCAACACAACGUCUGUAGCCAGAUCAAGUCUUACAGGAACUCUAGUAUCUGGAAUAUCGGGUACCAACGGAGGCACUUUAUCAAAAUCGGAUGUUUUAAGAACAACCAUCCGACCGUCAGGCUCUAAUAUUCCUUCGAAUGUCCAACCGCUCAGGAAAUUUGGCUCUUUUGAUCCUGGUAAUAUAGAUAAUUUAUUGUUCAUUAGUUCUAUGUCAUUGAAGAUUUUUUAUAACCUUCUUUUUAUUGAUGAUUAG